AUGGACCCCCUCGUGGCCGCGGAGCUCGCAAAGCUCCAAGACGACGGCGUCGCCUUUCGCGCCCGCCAGCGGCACGUCCACCAGACAUGGGCGCGCACUUUCUCGUCCCUCCCAGAACUGUAUAUCCAGCCAGAGUCGCUGGCCGAGGUGCAAAAGGUGGUCAAUCUUGCGCGGAGGUGUCGUAGACGCCUGGUGACGGCGGGAUGCGGUCAUUCGCCGUCAAACAUCACCUGCACGUCGAGCUGGCUCGUCAACCUCGACAACUUUAACAGGAUCAUCUCUGUGGACAAGGAGACGGGUGUGGUUGUCAUGGAGGGAGGGAUCAGGCUGUAUACGCUGUGCGAGGAGCUUGAGAGGCAUGGACUUGCUAUGCCCAACCUUGGGAGCAUCAACCAGCAGUCCAUCAGCGGCGCCAUUUCUACUGGUACUCACGGCAGCAGUUUGCGCCACGGUCUCAUGUCAGAGGACAUCAUCUCUCUCAAGGUCACCCUCGCCGACGGGACUACAGUCCAAUGCUCCAAGGACACAAAACCCGACCUCUUCCGAGCCGCCCUGCUCUCGCUGGGCGCACUUGGAAUCAUCACAGAGGUCACCUUCAAGGCCGUCCCGGCCUUUAGCCUCAAGUGGAGGCAGGUCAUUGACACCGAUUACAAGAUGUUUGAGGCCUGGAACCACGAGCUGUGGACGCAGAGCGAGUUUGUCAGGGUCUGGUGGUUCCCUUACACGAGGCGUGCUGUGGUUUGGCAGGCGGACAAGACGGACGAGGAGCACCGUGAUCCACCCCAGAGCGGUUACGAUGGCGCCCUUGGAUACUAUGUCUACCACAACCUGCUGUACAUCGCACAGUACGUCCCGAGGGUUCUUCCCUGGGUCGAGUGGUUCGUGUUUGGCAUGCAGUACGGCUUCCGCAACGGAACAAGCUCGUCGGCCAUUCAGCCGAGCCGCAAGGCCCUCCUCAUGAACUGCCUCUACUCGCAGUUUGUCAACGAGUGGGCUAUUCCUCUCAAGAAGGGCCCUGAAGCUCUUCGACGGCUGAGUUCAUGGCUCAAUCACUUGACGCCUGACGAUCCCGACUAUGUCCCCCACAACAUCCCCUUUUCCGCUGAGGGCCUCUACGUCCACUCACCUGUCGAAGUUCGUGUGAGUGACACUACACUAACCUCCAACGCGCGACCCUACCUCGACAUCACCGUCGACGACGGACCAACCCUGUAUCUCAACGCCACGCUCUACCGACCCUACUGGCUGGACCCUCCCUGCCACGACAGGUACUACGAGGCGUUUGAGUGGUUGAUGAAGGACCUCGGCGGCAAGCCUCACUGGGCAAAGAACUUCCAAUCCCACCGCCCAGAGAUCGAGGCCUUCUACGGCAAGGAGCUUGACUCUUUCCGUGCAGUGCGGGACAGCGUCGACCCCCAGGGCAUGUUUGUCGGACCGUGGCAUCGUGACCGGAUAAUGGCGGACGGUGCAGGACUUGAGCUGGAGGAGGUGGAGAUGCGGAGGGAGCAGAGCAGAAAACGAGGCGUAACGACGUUUGGAAUCAUUUGA